AUGGCUGCUGCUGUUAGCGCCGCUGUUUCCUUGCCUUCAUCCAAGUCCACUGCCCUUCUUCCUGCUGCCAGGACCUCCGUCAUUUCUCCUGAGCGGAUCAAUUUCAGCAAGGUGCCGUCUUACAGUAGGAAUGGGCCAUGGACAGGUGGGACGAGGUUUAUGGCAGUCAGAGCCCAGGUGACCACGGAAGCGCCUGCCAAGGUGGAGAAAGUAUCCAAAAAGCAGGACGAAGGUGUAGUUGUCAACAAGUUCAAGCCCAAGGAUCCGUACACCGGCAGGUGCCUUCUUAACACCAAGAUCACCGGUGACGAUGCCCCUGGUGAAACCUGGCACAUGGUCUUCACCACCGAGGCAGGGGAAGUGCCCUACAGAGAAGGACAGUCGAUAGGGGUGAUUCCCGAUGGCGUGGACAAGAAUGGGAAGCCCCACAAGCUCAGGCUCUACUCAAUUGCGAGCAGUGCUAUUGGUGACUUUGGGGACUCCAAGACCGUGUCUUUGUGUGUAAAAAGGCUUGUCUACACCAAUGAACAAGGGGAGAUAGUUAAAGGAGUUUGUUCUAACUUUUUGUGUGACUUGAAACCUGGUGCCGAUGUGAAAAUAACUGGACCUGUGGGGAAAGAGAUGCUCAUGCCGAAAGACCCGAAUGCAACAGUAAUAAUGCUUGCCACUGGGACUGGAAUUGCCCCUUUCCGCUCAUUCUUGUGGAAAAUGUUCUUUGAGAAGCAUGAAGAUUACAAGUUCAAUGGUUUGGCAUGGCUCUUCUUAGGUGUUCCUACCAGCAGCUCAUUGCUAUACAAAGAGGAAUUCGAGAAAAUGAAGGAGAAAAAUCCAGAAAAAUUCCGGCUAGACUUUGCCGUUAGCAGAGAACAAACGAACGAGAAAGGGGAGAAGAUGUACAUCCAGACCCGGAUGGCUGAAUAUGCUGAAGAGCUAUGGGAGCUGCUAAAGAAAGACAAUACCUUUGUCUACAUGUGUGGGUUGAAGGGAAUGGAGAAGGGUAUCGACGACAUCAUGGUGUCCUUGGCUGCCAAAGAUGGUAUCGACUGGUUAGACUACAAAAAGCAGUUAAAGAGAGCAGAACAAUGGAAUGUGGAAGUGUACUAG